AUGGAGACGAAAAAUUCAAAUGCAUUCGUUCUCAAAGAACUUAACUGUCUAAACUACGAUCACAUUGCCUUGGUCCCACCGUACGCUAGAGGAGGAGGAGGACUAGCGUUACUAUGGAAGAAAGAGGUAGAGCUCAAGAUCAUGUAUCAAUGCGACAAUUUCAUAGAUACAGAGGUGAGAUUCCAAGGGAAAACAUUUAUGGCAACCUUUGUGUAUGGAGAGCCAGAGAAAUCAAACAGAAAGGAAGUGUGGCAAGAGAUCCAGAGGAAGACGACUAACCGUGAGACACCGUGGUUCUUAACCGGCGAUUUCAAUGAAAUACUCGACAACUCGGAAAAAGUGGGGGGUCCAGCCAGAGCCGAGAGCUCCUUUGUCGACUUCAGAUCAUUCAUGUCGGAAUGUAAUCUUUACGAUCUGAGAUAUUCCGGAAACUUCCUAUCCUGGAGGGGAAUACGAUAUAAACAUAACGUAAAGUGCAGACUAGAUAGAGCUAUGGCGAAUAGUGCUUGGAUCGAGGCUUACCCGUCCGGACGAAGCGAAUACUUGAGAUUUGAAGGGUCGGUCCACAGACCAAUCAUCUCUUUCUUCUUUCCCACAAAACGGAAGCAAAAAGGACUCUUCAGGUAUGACAGACGGCUACGAAACAAUGAAGAAGUGAAGCUCCUAGUAGAAAAAGCAUGGAAGGCUUCCCCAUCUAAUGAUGUAGAACAACGCAUCUCAAGCUGCAGGAAAGCCAUCAUAGUAUGGCAUCGGCAAAACCACAGAAAUAGCCAGCAAAAGAUAGAAAGGAAACGAGAAGAGUUAGAAACAGCAAUGACCAGCUCCGAGUCCAAUGACAGUCUCAUUGACCAAAUUAACAAAGAGCUAAAAGAAGCCUACCAAGCUGAAGAGGAGUACUGGAGACAGCGUAGUAGACAAAUGUGGCUCAGCUUGGGAGACAAAAACAGUGGCUAUUUUCAUGCUGCAACAAAGGGGAGAAGAGCAAGAAACAACAUAUCAGCAAUCGAAGACAAAGAAGGAAACCCAGUCUAUGAAGAAGCAAAGAUAUCAGAAGUUAUCACAAAGUACUUUACGGAGAUGUUUACCUCUCAACCCGGAUCCAGAGAGGAAACAGUAAAGCAGAGCAUCUCCCCGAAGAUUACCGAUGAAGUGAAUGCAAAGCUCAUAAAGAUGCCUACACCGGAAGAGAUAAAUGCUGCAAUCUUCUCAAUUCAUCCCGACAAAGCUCCAGGGCCAGACUGCUUCUCAGCCAGCUUCUUUCACUCGAACUGGGAAACAUCACCACCGAGAUUCAGAACUUCUUCACCAACAGGACACCUCCCAAAAGGAAUCAAUGCCACUCACAUCUGCCUAAUCCCAAAGAAAACAGCUCCAAAGUCAGUGGCAGAUUAUAGGCCAAUAGCAUUGUGUAAUGUCUAUUAUAAAAUCAUUUCGAAGAUACUUACAGCAAGACUUCAUCCGAUCCUGGAUGGUCUAAUCUCGGAGAAUCAAUCAGUGUUUGUCCCGGGAAUGGCUAUAUCGGACAACGUGAUGAUAACCCACGAAAUCCUCCACUUCCUGAAAAUCUCAAAAGCGAAAAAACGAAGUUCAAUGGCAAUCAAAACCGAUAUGACCAAGGCUUACGAUAGAGUGGAGUGGGACUUUAUCAAAGUAGUACUAGAGAGAAUGGGUUUCCAUACCAAGUGGAUAGGCUGGAUAAUGUUGUGCGUAACAACGGUGACCUUCCAAUUCCUCAUCAAUGGGAAAGCAAAGGGACAUGUCCAACCAUCUAGAGGGAUCCGGCAAGAGAUCCACUAUCCCCAUACCUCUUCAUUCUUUGCAGUGAAGUACUAUCGGGACUCUGUCACAAGGCACAAGCAAAUGGUCAAAUCUCAGGAAUCAAAAUUGCACAAAGAGGACCAAAAGUGA